CAACCACAGCCAGCCCGGCCUCCGCCAUCUUGCCUCUCCCUGCCUGCCAGGAGCCGAGUGCGGAAGUGGAAACAGCACUGUGCAGCGGGCUCGGGUUCCGCCUGUGGACGGCUUGCCAGAUCCUCUAGCCGACACAGCCAGCUGUCCAUCACAUUUAACCGUUUCUAAACCGCAGAGACCCAGGGAGAGAUGGCAGGACGGUUACCGGCGUGUGUUGUCGACUGCGGCACAGGUUACACCAAACUGGGGUAUGCAGGAAACACAGAGCCACAGUUCAUCGUUCCAUCAUGUAUCGCUAUCAAAGAGUCAGCCAAGGUCGGAGACCAGGCCCAGCGGAGGAUGAUGAAGGGGGUGGAUGACUUGGAUUUCUACAUCGGAGACGAGGCUGUGGACAAGCCCACGUAUUCCACUAAGUGGCCAAUCCGUCACGGGAUUGUUGAGGACUGGGACCUAAUGGAGCGCUUCAUGGAGCAGAUCAUCUUCAAAUACCUGAGAGCUGAGCCUGAGGACCACUACUUCCUCCUGACAGAGCCGCCUCUGAACACUCCAGAAAACCGAGAGUACACAGCGGAGAUCAUGUUCGAGUCCUUCAACGUCCCGGGGCUCUACAUCGCUGUGCAGGCUGUGCUUGCUCUAGCCGCCUCCUGGACAUCCAGGCAGGUGGGAGAGAGGACGCUGACAGGCACCGUCAUCGACAGCGGAGACGGCGUCACCCACGUCAUCCCUGUGGCUGAAGGUUAUGUUAUUGGCAGCUGUAUAAAGCACAUUCCCAUCGCAGGACGAGACAUCACCUACUUCACCCAGCAGCUCCUGAGGGAGAGGGAGGUGGGCAUCCCACCGGAGCAGUCUCUGGAGACAGCCAAGGCAGUCAAGGAGCGGUUCAGCUACGUGUGCCCAGAUCUCGUCAAAGAGUUCAACAAGUAUGACACGGAUGGCUCCAAGUGGAUCAAGCAGUACACCGGCAUCAACGCCAUCAGCAAGAAGGAGUUCACCAUCGAUGUGGGCUACGAACGCUUCCUGGGCCCUGAGAUCUUCUUCCACCCAGAGUUUGCCAACCCUGACUUCACCCAGCCCAUCUCUGAGGUUGUGGACGAAGUUAUUCAGAACUGCCCCAUUGAUGUCAGGCGUCCUCUCUAUAAGAACAUUGUUCUGUCAGGAGGCUCCACCAUGUUCAGGGACUUUGGACGUCGUCUGCAGAGGGACCUGAAGAGGACGGUUGAUGCCCGACUGAAGAUGAGUGAGGAGCUGAGCGGAGGCAAACUCAAGCCCAAACCGAUCGAUGUCCAAGUCAUCACUCAUCACAUGCAGAGAUAUGCCGUGUGGUUCGGUGGAUCAAUGCUAGCGUCGACUCCCGAGUUCUACCAGGUUUGCCACACCAAAAAGGACUACGAAGAGAUCGGGCCGAGCAUCUGUCGCCACAACCCCGUGUUUGGAGUCAUGUCUUAACUCUGGACCUCCGAAGUCUAACAGCAGAGAGUGGGUGGAGUUAUGUUGUGUAAAGGAGGGGCUCAGGAGGUGGAGGACGGUGGUGCUUCUGUGCUUUUUGAUUACUUGUUCAGCUGUGGGUGUGUGUGAUGAGCAGGUGAUCCAGAAAAUGAAAAGGAGAGAAAAAAUAAGAAAAGUUACCGGAGCAAACGCAGACCGGCUGCAAAAUUUAUCAUGAAUAUUCCUUUUUUUUCUUAUGUGUGUGUGUGUGUGCGUGUGUGUGCGCGUGUGCGUGUAUGUGUGUGUGUCUUUCUUUUCAAAAUGAGGGAAAACGGUUUGUAAGCCAAAAAGAACAUUUCUGGAUCUGUUGACAUGCAGAUGAUGACGAUGAUGAUGAUAAUAAUAAUGAUGAUUAGGGUGGUGCUGGUGGAGGUUGAACACCAGAGCAUCAGUAGUAACUUCCUGACACCAGAACAUGUUUUUAUGUUGACCAGGAAAGACUCUUGAGAUCGAGUUUAGAACAUAUUAUUGUCUCCUUUUAUUUCCUGCAUUUUUGUUCCCAACUUGAAAUGCACAUGUCUGUGUAUGACGGUAAGAGCUUGUUUAUAUUUCAUACAAAAGUUUUUUAUAUGUAAAACUUGGGAAAUCAGGGGUAAAAAAAAAAAGAAAAAAGAGCUAAAAAAUAAAUCUGAGCACGAGACUGUUUUGACCCACCAUGCAGCUUUGAUGCGCGGUGCUGUGCAGAGUCUGAGUGGGUGCUCUCCUGUCUUUCCCCUCCUGUCAUGGCUGUCUGCCCUUUAAUUCUUCAUACAGCACAUUUAAUUCACGUCUGCUUUCACUUCGGACUGUCGGGAUUCCACCUCUGUGAUGCAGUGAGAGAUGAGAGAGAAGGAGGACUUGCUGAGGUUAUAACGAUGGAACUGAAUGAGAAUGACUGUCAGACCAGUAUUGUUAGACUAGACGUUUUUUUUAUUAUUAAAUACCAAAUUAUUAAAAGACUGGGAUUUGUGUAUUUAAUGCCUUGCAACAUUCCAAUAAAGGCUCAAAUUUGUUUCUAA